CGGGACACCAGAGCGCUGUAGACUCCACCCGGCCGGUUAGCACUCCGCGGCCCAGGAUCCCCGAGUCCUCGCCCCGCAGACACCGCGAUGCCUGGACCUUGGUCGCUCUUCUCCUUGGCCUUGAUCCUCACCCUGACCCGUGUCCCUGGAUCCGGCGCUUUGCCGGAGGCAGUCCAAGAGGAAUCUGUCGCGGCUGCCGAGCUUCCCAGCCUGAGUCGGGGAGAACUUGGCUCCUGGCCAAAAGACCUACAGCGGGUUCGAGGGGACCUGGGUGCAGCCUUAGAAUCCCUGUUAAACCACCCCAACUCCCGGCUUAUCAAGCGUCAGCAUCCAGGCAAAAGGGAGGAGGCAGCAAACGCAGGAGCUGAAGAGGAGAUGGAUUUGGAUUUGGGAGAAGCUGGAGCUUGGGGUCUCCACAAACAGCAGCACCCUGGUCGACGGGAGGACCGUUUGUGGUUGCAUAAGGAUGAUUCGUGGGCACCAAAUUCAUGGUCACCAGAUGGGUGGAUAUCAGAUCCAUGGUCAUCAGACAUAGACAUGGUCCAGCCCAAGCGGCAGCACCCCGGCCGUCGCUCUUACCCCUGGGUAGAGUCUGAUAUUGCCAAGAGGCAGCACCCAGGCCGGAGGCUGGUAGAAGAGACAGAAGAGGAGGGAGAGGGUGCUCUGAUGCUUGAGAAACGCCAGCAUCCUGGCAGGAGGGCCUCUGCUGACCCUUGUGGGCCCCAGGGAACCUGUGGUCAAGCAGGCCUGCUGGGUCUCCUAGGUGACCUAAGCAGGGUUCAGGAAGCCCUGGAGAAGCAAAGACCUGAAGAAGCAGUAUGAGACAGUGAGCCACUGGCGGAAUAAGCCCAGGGUCCAAUAGUCAGUCUUUAGGCCUAGGCUGUCUUAAAUCCCUGUGUGCCCUUUCCCUUAGAGCCCUGUAUAGUACCCACCCAAUACCCUUCCUUGCUCUCUUCCUUCGGGGACUCCAGAAAGACAGUCAGGAAGCUAAAACUCCAUUUUGCCCUACAAGCAAGGGGGCAUGUUGCAACCCUACAGACCUGUACCCCUUCUUCUGAUAUGGUCCUUCCAUAUCCUCUAAGAGAUCUCCUCAAGCUUUGAUGUUAAAGUCCCACUGUCCCCUGCCCCAUGUGGCAAGACUGCCAUUGUAUAAAUUUCACUCCACCCCCAAGGCUGGAAGCCCAGAGCAGUGUGGUGGGGAGUACAUGCGGGGGAUAUUCAGACAUGCCCUGGAGGUUGCAUGCUGUAUAUAAGCCUGCUCUUGUUCAUUCUGACGACAAUAAAACACAUAUCCAGGUCA